AUGGCUGCUUCUGGGAGUCCUGUCGUGGAUCUCUGCGAGGAAGCCACUUGCUCCAUCUGCCUGGAGUGUUUCAGGGAUCCAGUGAUCAUCCCGGAAUGCGGGCACAACUUCUGCCGAUCCUGCCUGACCCAGUAUUGGGGGAAAUCUGAGGGAGAGGCUUCCUGCCCUCAGUGCAGGAAAAGGGUGGAGCAAAGCAGCAUCAGGCGAAACCUGCAGCUGGCAAAUGUUGUGGAAAUAACUAAGAAAUUCAGCCUUCUGGGCAGAAAAGAGGAGGCAGAAGGAAAGGGGAGAGUUUGUGAGAAGCACCAGGAGCCCCUGAAGCUCUUCUGCAAGGAGGAUGAAGCCCCCAUCUGUCUGGUUUGUGACAAAUCCAAGGAGCACAAAAGCCACAAGGCGGUUCCUAUAGAGGAGGCAUCCCUGGAGUACAAGGUAGGAAAACACUCUAGAUCAGUGGCGUAGCAUUCCUUGCUGGUGCCCGGGGCAUGCCGCACCCCAUGGGGACAAGUUGUGCCAGUGGAGCGACCCCCAGUAACUGGGGCUAGGGGGGGGGCAUUGCACCGCCUGCUCAGCCAUGCAGUGGGGAGCUCGGCCAGCCAACGUGGCUGAUGCUGCCUUGCUCUGAGGGGUGCAAGUCUCCCAGUGCACUGCAAACCCAGCACCGCUUUGUGAGAUUUGCAAUAGCUGUGUGCGGCUGGCAGGGUGCCAGCCUGUUAGUCCUUCAGAUGGAAGACGUUGCGCGAAGGACGCAACAGCUCACAACAGGUGCCCCCCAGGCUGGCCCAUGCUAUGCCUCUGCUCUGGAUUUGCUUGGGGGAUGGAAUAGCUGUAGGAAAGCCAGGCUUGCAAGAUCAUAGAGUUGGAAGGGACCCAAGGGUCAUCUAGUCCAACCCCCUGCAAGGCAGGAAUGAUGCCAAGGUACUCUUGAAAUAAUGUCUUCUCCCCACCCCCUCUGUCAGGAGCCUUUGUGCAGCCUUGUGAAACUUCUGAAAACACUAGUUGAUAAACGUUUCAUCAUCUUUCGAGGGAUUAAUUUCCCUCUAUGUCCCCCUGCAGCAUAUUGGAGUCACUCCCCACAGUUCUUCCUCUGGAAGCAGCUCCCAGUGAAGGCUCCUAGAACUGGAAGGUGGGGCAAGGCAGGGGGCAGGAAUGAAGGGGAACCUCCGGAAGGACCCGGGAAUGUGGGGCAGGGAGCAAGCAUAUGAUUCAGUUGCCUGAUAGGGGCGGGUCCAAGAUGGCGACGGCUUAGCAAGCAGGCUUCGGAGCUCCGCAGAUAACAGGACUGUAAUUAGCAUUGACUGCCACCCAGGGAAGUAAUUUUUCCUUUUUUACUUCUCUACUUUUUAACUUACUGAGAGUCUAACAGCACCUCCUUGUCUAUGCUAUGAGAAACAUCCUGGGCAAGUUCUGUGAAGCAUUUUGGGCAGGCCGCCAGCUGCUAGCUAUUAACCACCAACUCCCUUCUAUACUUUGUCCCUGAAACUCCUGGCAUUCCCCACACAGAGAAGCUCUUAAAUUGAACAAACUGAGCACUUUCUAUUCUUUUCUCUCUUUUUUGGUUGGGGAAACCUCUCCUUGUUUACUCCCCACGGUGACGCUAUGCCUGCUAGUAAACGCCACAGGGACCCAGAGGAUGUAGCUCUCUCACCGGUUCCCAAACAAUCUAAAAUAGAGGACUUUUUUAACAAAUCUGCUUUUACAGUUCCAACAAAAAACCGGUUUUCUCCUCUUGAAGAUGAUUGUGAGUGUGGGGAGAGUAUUCAAGGUGAGAGCGUGGAACUGGAUCCAGCAAUGGGGCAAGCUGAUCCUGUGCUCCUCAGAGAGGAAGGAAUAACAAGUAGGGAGAUCACCCAAUUAACUCUAAUUGCAAGAACGGUUGAGCAUAUCUUCCAGUUGCCUGAUAUUACUAAAACGCUCGAAAAAGCAAGCCAGCUGGGAUUUUCUUUUCUUUUCAGGAUCAGAUCAGCAGAUGCCUAGACAACGUGAGGAAGGAGAGAAAGAAAAUUCUGAUGUUUAAAGCAGAUGCAAGAAAGGAAAGCCAAGACCUGCUUGUAAGCAUCACUGUUAUUUGAAGGUGAAAAAGUGCUGUAGUCUUAAAUCUCUCUAAAAUGUCAGACAUGCCCUUCCAAGUGAAUUCUGGUAUCUGGCCUCUUCAUUCUUCAACAUUAUGCCUGAUAGUGGCCUGCGGUUCUCCUCCUCUUUCUCUUUUUGCUGCUGCAGAAGCAAAUGAAAGCAGAGAAGGGGAAGUUAGUGGCUGAGAUCAGGCGAAUGCACCAGUUUCUGGAAGAACAAGAGAAGCUUCUUCUGGCCCAGAUGGAAGAGGUGGAGAAGGAGAUUGCAGCCCAAAGGGAGGAGCAGCUGGCCAGACUCUCCAGGGAACUCUCCUCUCUUGACAGCCUCAUCCAGGAGAUGGAGGAUGUGAUGGGACGAUGAGCUGCUUGUGUGUAAAAUCCUAGUCCCUCAGAGUUUGGUCAAGUUUGCAAACCUCUGUCUGUAACGGAGCCCCUUAAACAUGGCUCCGUCAGUCGCUGGCAGAUUCCGACAGUGGUUGCUUGGAAUCGCUUCCAACAUAAAAGCUCCUUAACGGAAACACGUCUUCUGGACUCUCUGCGUGACAGUUUCCGGCGAGGAGUGGGUGUCCCUACAGGAGGUCCUGAAACCUCCCCACUGUUUUCGCUGGAAGUGUCUCUGAGCCAUCCCUCCAGCUCCCUUUCCCUCAGCUCAGCUCCUCUCCCCCUACUGGUUCCCUCUUCAGCUGCUGAGUCUCUCCCAACCUGUGUGAGCCCUUUCACUUCCCUUCCUUCCGAUGGCAGUUCCCUGACAGAGGAGAAGCUUCAGGAACCAGCGAGUGAACUCCUGCAGGUGAGGCCUCAUCCUGAUGUGAGAGAGUGGAGUGGGCUGCUUCAGACUGCAAGCAUUUCUUAGCCCUUCCCCACAUAAAAAUAAUGUUGUAAGAGAAACAAGCAGUACAUAGGAGCCCACUCUGAGGGGAUGAGAUCCCUUGGACACCCCAAUAAAAUAUUUGAGGGGGCCAGCCCCCCCAAUAAUUGACAUUUCUGUUGAAAUGGGGUGUGUGUACUGCAUAUUGUGAUUGAUUAUGUGGGGCGUAGCUUACCUGCCCACCCCCCAAUAUUUUCUUCAAGUUGUCACUAGAUCAAACCACGGGCCCUUUCCUUUCUGCUUCCUGUUCUCGCAUUGGCCAACCAGAGGUCUCACGGAAGCCCACAAGCCAAUAGGGCUCUGUAUUCAAUUAACCUUUACUCAGAGUAGACUAUCUUAGGUUCAUUAAUUUCAGUGUGUCUGAGUAAAAGCUAGUUGAAUACAACCGAUACUGCCUCCAACGCAGCUUCUUUAAUAUUUGCAUAUAUCAGCUUCGUCUUUAUAAGAGGGGCAAGGUGUGGAAAGCUUGAAACUAGAAACCAAGAAAGCAGAAACCAGGGACUUUCCUGGAUUUACAAAAGCCAUCCCGGCAGCUCUGUAUAGGGAAGUUUUUAAAUGUUUCAUGUUUUACUAUGUUUUUAUAUAUGUUGGAAGCCACCCAGAGUGGCAGGGGCAACCCAGUCGGAUGGGCGGGGUAUAAAUAAUAAAAUAUUUAUUUAUUAUUUACCUUCAGUCUCAUAUUCAUAUAUUUCCUUCAGUAUAUUUUGGAAGCAAGUGAGUGUCAGUUUUCCUUCAACUUGUUAGGUGCUCUCUAGAUGAUCCCUUUUGCCAUAGGAAAAAACCUGCUCCCAAGUCUCCAGGAUAAACGUAUAUCCAUCAUGCCUUUAUUGUCAGGAUGAGACGCCUGCCUUGUCAGAAAGCUCCUUGCAUUGGAAGAAUGGAGGCGUGACUUUGUUCUUCUCCUCCCAGGUCUCAGGAGAAGGAGAACUUAGAGGAUCCUCCUGUGGCUUUUCCUCCUGCCCUGAAGUGGAGGAUCUGGGACUUCUGCGAUAUUAAUCCCUUCCUGGAGCGAGUCAUGGAAAAAUUCAGAGGUAAUAAAGAAGGGCUGAAAGGAUUGUUUAAUGGAUGUUUAGAAGUGUUCAUGACAGGCUCCAAGUCAUAUGAAUUAUUAGCCAUGCCAGGAAAAAUGGAAGUUUAUUUAUUCUCUUUCAAUAUCUAGAGGCCAUACUUUCACAUGCGAAGACUCAGAGCUUAUGCUGCUUUCUUUACGCAAUCACAGCUUUACGCGGAUCGCUAUAAAAUAGAGAGCGGGCAAGAAAUUAUCGUUUACUGGGCUUCGCCUCUGCCUUGUUUAUUGGGCUCUGAGAGGCUCCAUCAAGAUCUUAUGGGAACAUGCCAAAUCUCAGAUGGAGUACAACCCUCACAUAAGUUGCGAGUUGUCUGUAAAAAGUUGUACUUGACCUCUUCACAUCUCUCAGCCAGGCCUUAGGUGCUUUCACGCAUCUCACCCAUUUCCCAAGUAUCUUCACCUACACCCCGCGACGGGGUGAGCUCCUGUUGUUUGGUCCCCGCUCCUGCCAACCUAGCAGUUUGUAAGCACGUCAAAAGUGCAAGUAGAUAAAUAGGUACAGCUCCAGUGGGAAGGUAAACGGCGUUUCCAUGCGCUGCUCUGGUUCGCCAGAAGUGGCUUUGUCAUGCUGGCCACAUGACCCGGCUCCCUCGGCCAAUAAAGCGAGAUGAGCGCCGCAACCCCAGAGUCGGCCACGACUGGACCUAAUGGUCAGGGGUCCCUUUACCUUUACCUUUAAACUACAGCCGUACCUUGGAUCUCAAAUGCCUUUGCUCCCAAACAAAUCGACUCCCGACUCCUGCAGCCAAUGAGAAACUGUGCUUUGGUUUCUGAACGUUUUGGAAGUUGAAUGGACUUCCGGAACGGAUUCCAUUUAACUUCCAAGGUAUGACUGUACAAUCUCAUGAGUUCGUAUUGUCAUUACUAGAUGAGUUAUCAAGACAGGUCUUUAAGCAGAGGCUUGACAACCAUAUGUCAGGAAUGCUCUGAUGGUGUUUCCUGCUUGGCAGGGGGUUGGACUCGAUGGCCCUUGUGGUCUCUUCCAACUCUAUGAUUCUAUGAUUCUAUGAUUCUAUGAUUCUAUGACAGUGGCAAGAUGCUAAAUCUCUGUUCUCUUUUCUCUUGCAGACACACUGAGAUCUGGACUUCAGCAGCGAAAAGGUAAAUGUCAGGGUUUAAAGGAGGAACAGUUUCAGGAGUAAUGGAAUCUGCUUCUCAAAAGACCAGGCUACUGUGGAUCUUCUGUCCAUCACCCACCCCAGUCCAGUCCCCCUUUGCACUUUUCAUGUCUCCUUUACAGUUUUUUGUCACUUUCAGGAAGUGAUAAAUUGUACUUAAGGUGUUUUACUCUCCCAAUUUUCUUGUCAGUGAGAAGUUCACAGAGGUUUCCUUUUGAAGGAUAUCAUUGGAGGUUUAUGACAUUUCAUCCUUUUUGAGUUUUUUAUUUACCAGUAUCAAUAGAUUGACAGAGCUUAAACAUUCACAACAGGCAAGUCCACAGAUUGGCAUCAGAGAGAGGCAGCCAGGACCAAGACGACAACAACAACAACAACAACAACAACAACAAUAAUAAUAAUAAUUUAUUAUUAUUUAUACCCCGCCCAUCUGGCUGGGCCUCCCCAGCCACUCUGGGCGGCUUCCAUAAAAACCAAAAAUACAGUAAAAUAUCACACGUUAAAAACUUCCCUGAACAGGGCUGCCUUAAGAUGUCUUCUGAAUGUCAGGUAGUUGUUUAUCGCUUGACAUCUGCUGGAAGGGCGUUCCACAGGGCGGGCGCCACUACCGAGAAGGCCCUCUGCCUGGUUCCCUGUAGCUUUGCUUCUCGCAAUGAGGGAACCACCAGAAGGCCCUCGGCGCUGGACCUCAGCGUCCGGGCAGAAUGAUGGGGGUGGAGAUGCUCCUUCAGGUAUACUGGACCGAGGCCGUUUAGGGCUUUAAAGGUCAGCACCAACACUUUGAAUUGUGCUCGGAAACGUACUGGGAGCCAAUGUAGGUCUUUCAAGACUGGUGUUAUAUGGUUUCGGUGGCCGCCCCCAGUCACCAGUCUAGCUGCCGCAUUCUGGAUUAGUUGUAGUUUCCGAGUCACCUUCAAAGGUAGCCCCACGUAGAGUGCAUUGCAGUAGUCCAAGCGGGAGAUAACCAGAGCAUGCACCACUCUGGCGAGACAGUCCGCAGGCAGAUAGGGUCUCAGCCUACGUACCAGAUGGAGCUGGUAAACAGCUGCCCUGGACACAGAUUUGACCUGUGCUUCCAUGGACAGCUGUGAGUCCAAAAUGACUCCCAGGCUGCGCACCUGGUCCUUCAGGGGCACAGUUACCCCAUUCAGGAUCAGGGAAUCCUCCACAUCUGCCCACCUCCUGUCCCCCAAAAACAGUACUUCUGUCUUGUCAGGAUUCAACCUCAAUCUGUUAGCCGCCAUCCAUCCUCCAACCGCCUCCAGACACUCACACAGGACCUUCACCGCCCUCACUGGUUCUGAUUUAAAAAAGCGGUAGAGCUGGGUAUCAUCCGCAUACUGAUGAACACCCAGCCCAAACCUCCUGAUGAUCUCUCCCAGCAGCUGCAUGUAAAUGUUGAAAAGCAUGGGGGAGAGGACAGAACCCUGAGGCACCCCACAGGUGAGAGCCCAGGGGUCUGAACACACAUCCCCCACCACCACUUUCUGAACACGGCCCAGGAGGAAGGAGCGAGACCACUGUAUGACAGUGCCUCCAGCUCCCAGCCCAUGCAGACGGUCCAGAAGGAUGUUAUGGUCGAUGGUAUCAAACGCUGCUGAGAGAUCCAGCAGAACUAUGAAACAGCUCUCACCUUUGUCCCUAGCCCACCGGAGAUCAUCAAUCAGUGUGACCAAGGCAGUUUCAGUCCCAUGAUGAGGCCUGAAUCCCGACUGGAAGGGAUCCAAAUGGUCCGCUUCUUCCAGGCGUGCCUGGAGUUGUUCAGCAACCGCUCGCUCAAUCACCUUGCCCAAGAAUGGAAGAUUUGAGACUGGGCGAUAGUUGGCCAUCGUGGCCGCAUCUAAAGAUGUUUUUUUAGAAGCAGUUUAAUAACCGCCUCUUUCAGCGGGUCUGGGAAGGCUCCCUCACGGAGGGAAGCAUUCACCACCCCACGAAGCCCAUCGCCCAGUCCUUCCCAGCUAGCUUUUAUAAGCCAGGAUGGGCAAGGAUCCAGGAGACAGGUGGUUGGUUUCACUCGUCCAAGCACCCUGUCCACAUCCUCGGAGGUAACAGAUUGGAAUUGAUCCCACUCAACUUGACUCGACCAUGACAUGUUCUCAGCCAAUAGAGCCCAAACUCCACUCCCUCUUUCUCCUCCUUUGCUAUACACUCAAACAUUAAUUUUUAUUCUUGACAGACUCCUGAUAACAUCGUCUUUAGCUAGUACUUUUUUUUUUCUUGGUGGGGGGACAUGCCUCCAGAUACCUUCUAGCUAUUUUUUUGCUAUUUAGCCAGAAAUCUCUGCGACAACAAUAACAAGAGACCUGGCAACUGUGGCGUUCGUACGGAGCCCCCGGUCGUCUCACGGACUAUUGACCCGUACACCACUAAUCCGCUGCCACCAACCAGGUCCUCCCUGGUAAAAUCACUUCAGUCUCAGUCAGCUUUUCAAUUAAUAAAGAAGAGUGUAUUGUUUUUCAGACACAAACAAAACUUUUACAGCAUUCCAAACGUUGUUGCUCUUUACUUUCUUAUUUUCCUCUCUCUAUCUCUUCUACCUCCCAACACUCAAGAACCCACAGCCCUAACUGUCUCUCUAUUACCAACUGCCUUUCCCAACCAGACAACCCACGAAAACCCACCCACUACCCACCAACAACUCCCAACGAACUCCUCCCAGAACUGGUUUUAUAAACCCACUGACUCCACCCCCCUGGGUCCUGUCUGUGCAACCUAUUUAACUAUUACCCCUCCAGCACUCUCUUAUAUAUGUUAACGUCACAGUAACUUUCCUAAGCCGAUUUUUACGUAUAUGAGGAACAGAGAAGAGAAAGAUGAGUCAUAUAGCCUAUCUGGUGUGGGGAGCCAGGAUGGCGUCUUUGCAUUGAAGGUGAGGGUGGGAACAGCACCUCCUAGGUGUUACCGGGUUUGGCUUUAAUAAAGUAAUUUAAAUACAGUCAUACCUUGGGUUACAGAUGCUUCAGGUUGUGCAUUUUCGGGUUGCACACUGCACCGAACCCAAAAGUACCAGAACGGAUUACUCCGGGUUUCGGCGCUCGCGCAUGUGCAGAACCACUAAGUCACACUUUGCGCAUGCGCAGAAGCGCCGAAUUGCAACCCCCAUGUGCACAGACGCGGCGCUGCAGGUUGCGAACACUGCAGGUUGCGAAUGUGCCUCCCACAUGGAUCACGUUCGCAACCCGAGCGUCCACUGUAGUUAAAGAGACUUCUACUGUAUCUCUCCCUUUAUCCUGGGAGCCCGGGGGGGUUGCAUUAAAACAAGUCAUAGCAAAAGGAAACAAUAUCAACAAUGUAAUAGAUGUCAAUUUAAAAUAUAGAACUAUCAAUUUUCUGCUUCACUCUAAACAAACCAAUUUAAGUUUGUUCUUGGUUGACCGCUCACGUCAAUAAUUCCAAGCAGAACAUUUUAGACAGGGAGUAUCAAUCAGAGGACAGAAAUACAUUUUUAUGUAUUGUUCUUUUUAUAAACUACCUGGAAAGAUGGGGCAUAACAUGCUUUAAAUAUGUAACUGAAAAUUGAGAGCUCCUGCUCUCAGUUUUACCUGGCAUGUCCAGCAUGGUCUGUCAUGUGAUGUGAGGUAAAAGAUUAAGAUGUGAAUGAGAGUCCCUGCUUUGACUCUCUUCUGCCAUGAACUGUGGGGGGUGGGGGUGUCCUUAGACAAGCCACUGCCUCUCAGCCUCAGUCCUCCCAUAUGAAAAAUGGGCAUGCUAAGCUUGACUUAACUUACAGGGUCAGGUUCUAUAUAGAUAAUGUGUGAACCCUUGAAAGAACUGCAAAUAUUUCAAGAAUCAUUAAGAACUUGAUGAACAUCCCUCUCUCUCGAAUACAGAGCCAUGGAGUCCCUGUUCAUUUCAGAGGGGAUGCUGUUUCUGUCACGUGCCUAAGGAAAAGUCAGCUUCCCCGUUGAUGUCGUUUCUCUUCUCUUUCCUCCUCUGCCCCCACAGAAAACAUAACUUUGGAUCCAGACACAGCACAUCCCCUCCUCACCCUGUCUGAGGAUCGAAAGAGUGUGAGAGAUGGAGAAGUGCGUCAAGCCCUGCCAGACAACCCUGAAAGAUUUGACAGAUAUACCUAUGUGCUGGGAUGUGAGGGUUUCACAUCAGGCAGACAUUUCUGGGAAGUUGUUGUGAGAAGAGGGGAGGAAUGGGGGGUGGGGGUGGCCAGAAAGUCUGUGAAGAGGAAGGGUCUUUUCUCUUUUGGUCCUGGGGAAGGCAUCUGGUGUUUGGGGAAGUGGGGCGGUGGGUAUCAGAACUUUGUUCCAAGACAGGAGCCAAAGUGGAUCCGAGUGACCCUGAACUGUGAAGGGGGACGGGUGUCCUUUUACGAUGCAGAUACAGCAGUCCUCCUCCACUCAUUCUCAGCAGCCUCCUUCUCAGGAGAGACCCUCCAGCCCUUCUUUUAUGUGGCUGCCAAAGGCCACCUUACAAUCUCUGAGUGUAGAGACAGACUAGCUUCUCAGUUCGCCGCUUUUCCGUGCCAGCAGUCCUAA